AUGUCUCUGUCAACAUGGCUCCAAGGCGUCUUCCCCAGCUCGGGGCUCGACGUUCUCGCUGGGUUCGCCGAGCCACCCAUGUCGGCAAAGCCGAAGCUGCGGUGGUGGUGGCCGCACGGCGCGGUCGAGGUUGACGAGAUCAAGGCGGAGGUCGACCAGAUGUACCAGGCCGGAUUCGGUGGCGCCGAGAUCAACGACGUCCACCGCGGCGUCAAGGUUGCCAUUGACCCGGUCGGCCACGGAUGGGCAACGGAACCGUGGAUUGAGGCCGUCCAGGCUGCCAGCGACCACUCGCUGCCCUUGGGCUUCCAGAUCGACUUCGCGCUAGGGCCCUCGUACCCUGCGGCCGUGCCGACUCUGACGCCCGACGAUGUGGGUGCCGAAAAGGAGGUUGUGGGCGGACAGGUGGUAGUGACGAACGGGGCCACCUACAGCGGUCCGAUCCCUCAACCAGCCAAGGCUGCCGGGAAUCGAGUGAACAACAAAACCCUCCUCGCCGUGCACGCCUGGAGGAUGAAUGCCGCGAGUACGCCCACCGCCGUCCCCGUGGUGUUGGACCUGGACACCAGGGUGGAUCUGACGAGUGAGGUCGAAAAUGGGAACGUCACCUUUACUCCGCCGGACAAGGGCACAUGGCUCAUCAUCUCAUACCACAUGCGAGGUACCGGACAAGUCGCUGAGGCGGGACCCCAUAACGCCGAGGACGGCGCCGUCAUCGACCAUUUCUCCAUGGCGGGCAUCACGGCCAGCACCGACUUCUGGGACCAGAACAUCCUGUCGCCAACCUUCAAGUCGGUUCUCAAGGGGAUCGGCGGCUCCUUCUUCGAGGACUCCAUCGAGCUGGAAUACGAGACACUCUGGACCCCCGGGCUCCGCUGCGAGUUCAAGCGGCGGAGGGGCUACGACCUGUUCCGCUAUCUGCCGGCCGUGGUGCAGGCCAAGCAGAAGAACGCGUACAAGUUUGCCGAUGAGGAGGUCACACGGGGUGUCAUCAACGACUUCUGGGACACGCUGGGCGAAAUGUACAUCGAGAACCACGCCGACCACAUGAUGUCGUGGUCCAAGUCCCUCGGGAUGAAGUUCCGCGCCCAGGUCUACGGCCUACCCACUGAUGCCAUGUCCGCGUCGGCGGCGAUCUCGAUUCCCGAGGGCGAGAGCCUGGGCUUCAAGAACAUGGGGGAUUACCGCUCGCUGGCCGGGGCGGCGAACAUGAUGGGUCUGAACCUGAUCUCCAACGAGGCGUGCGCCUUCGCCGGGGCGGCAUAUUCCGUCACCUGGGAACUUGUGCUCAAGACUUUGAACCCCAUCUUCACCAGCGGCAACAACCAUCAGGUACUUCACGGCUUCUCCUACCUAAACGCCGAGACCGCGAAAUGGCCCGGCAACGCGGCAUUCACUCCGUACAACGGCAACAUGGGCUACUCGGAAUCCUGGGGCCCCCGGAUCCCGCUGUGGAACCAUGCCACCGACAUCACGGGUUAUAUCUCGAGGAUGCAGUAUAUCCUGCAGCGGGGAAUCCCGCAGCAUGAUGUCGCCUUUUUCGAGCAAAAGGGCUAUAUCGGGGCCGGAUAUAACAGCCCCUGGUUUGCAGACUCGGGAACCAUGCUGGGAUGGAGUCUGAAUAUCAUUGGACCGUCGCUUCUCGACCUACCCAGCGCCACUGUCCGCGACAAGCGACUUGCCCCUGAUGGUCCCGCAUACAAGCUCCUGGCCUUCGAGGGCGAUGCUUUCGCAAAUAAGCUUCCGGUUGCCAAGCUUGCCUCGGCCAAGAAGAUACUGGAAUUUGCCAAAGCAGGUCUCCCUAUCCUCAUUGUCGGCGAUUGGUCGACAGUGACCGCAUUCGGGUACGGCGAAUCCGCCCUCAAUUCCGAGAUAACUUCCAUCUUCGCCGAGAUCCUCAGUCUCCCCAACGUCGUCAACGUCGCGAGCCGCGACGAUAUUGGCGAAGGGGUGGUGAAGACGGGGGUCUUGCCCGAGGUCCAGUACAACUCGUCGCAGCUCAUCAGCUACCACCGCGUCGACGGCGACCUAGACUACUUCCUCCUUGUAGCGGCAUCCCCAGCAACCUACGCUGUCAGCACCAAGACAAAGGUCUAUGCCGUCGAUACCGACGUUAUCCUCCCGCGGAGAAACGCCAACGGAGUGCCGUUCCUCAUGGAUCUCUGGACAGGAGAUGUGACGCCGAUCGCUCAGUACGAGGAGCUUUCCGACAGCCAGAUCAAGGUGCACAUCAACCUCGAGGCAUACCAAGGAAUGAUGAUCACGAUCGCGCCCCUGGAGAAAGCCCCGGUGCACGCGGUGACGACCACAGCCCAGCUAGUCGGCCGCGACGCACACGGCCUGUACGUCCGCUCCAACGUCUCCGGGACGUACACCUCGAAGCUCAGCACCGGCAAGACCAUCAAGUCGACCAUCGGCAUAAUCCCGCCGCGCGUCGAGCUUCGCAACUGGACGCUGACGGUGGACGACUGGCGGCCGACCGACGACGUCUACUCAACCGAGACGGUCCACGUCCACCACGAGCUGCACCUCGACACCCUCGAGCCGUGGACCAGCUAUCCCGAGCUCGAGGACACAUCGGGCGUCGGCACCUACGCGACGGCGUUCGACCUCGGCGCCGACUGGCCCGCCGACGCGGGCGCUGUCCUCGGCAUCCCGACCUUCACGGGCUCGUUCCGGCUGGGCGCCGAGUUCGACGUCGGGCAGUGGCUUAAGAAGGGGCGCAACGAGAUCGAGAUCGAGGUCGCGACGCCGCUGCUUAACAGGCUGCGGGUCGUGGACCCGAGUGUUUAUGGGCCGGCGGCGAGGCAGGCGUACGGGCUGGUGGGGCCGGUUGUGGUGAUGCCGUAUCGGCAGGUGAGGGUUUGCCGGGAGAGGUGA